ACCACAUCGAAAUCUUCUCUGUGUAUCGUCCUCCACGACUACGAGGAAUCGCAAAUUGUUGCCCAUCAUGACCUACCUUUGCGGUUGCUACUACCACAUCGUCUCCACUGACUACUACACAAGAUAUCAAAGACACUAUCUUCCGCUUCUUGAUUCGGAAGUACACAGUACCAUUCUAUCAACAUCAUCAAGAACAGUCUUGAAGCAGACCUUCACCAACCCCUCAUCGACCGACAACAUCAAAGAGUGUAUCUACACCUUCCCACUUUACGAUGGAGUCUCUGUCGUCAGCUUCAUCAGUCGUAUCGGAAAGAAAGUCCUCACGGGUCUCGUGAAGGAGAAAACCAAGGCCAAGGAAAUAUUCGACCAGGCUGUCGCGAAGGGAGAAACAGCUGGCCUUCUGGAACAGGCACCGGAGGCGUCGGAUGUAUUCAGUACAAAGCUUGGCAAUAUCCCAGCAGGAGAGAGUGUCAUCGUCGAAGUCACAUACAUUGGAGAGUUGAAGCACCACGAAAACGAAGGAAUUCGGUUCACCAUCCCGACGAAGAUUGCGCCUCGAUAUGGAUCAGGCCCCAGUCAUGGCUUUGGAUUUGCACCUGGAAUUGUCGCAACGGGUGAGGACAACAGCAACAUCAAGAUUGUUGUCGAUGUUAACAUGCCGGAGGGUUCUUUUAUCAAGGGGGUACAAUCACCUUCCCAUCCUAUUGCAGUCUCAAUGGGUACCGUCUCAACCGCAACUCGAGAUCAACCUGUCAUGAGCAAAGCUUCGGCCACUUUGUCUCUCGGAAGUGCUUCUCUGGACCAGGACUUCGUCUUAAUUGUUCAGUCAAAGGAUGUGGGCACUCCGAAGGCCAUUCUGGAGGUUCACCCCACCAUACCCAAUCAUCGAGCUUUGAUGGCUACGCUGGUGCCUAAAUUCUCUCUACCGCCUUCCAGAUCAGAGAUUGUGUUCGUCGCAGACCGAAGUGGUAGUAUGAAUGGCAAUAUUGAAAUGCUCAUAUCUGCCAUGAAGGUUUUUCUGAAGUCCUUGCCUCAGAAUGUCAAGUUCAACAUCUGUUCGUUUGGCUCUCGACACAGCUUCCUAUGGCAGCAAAGCAAGACCAACAGCAGAGACACACUGCAAGAAGCUACUGCUCACCUUAACAAGUUCUCUGCAGAUAUGGGUGGCACAGAGACUUUCGAGGCAAUCAAAGGCACCAUCGAGCGUCGACUUAAGGACAUUCCUCUCGAAAUCAUACUUCUUACUGAUGGUGAUAUCCACCGACAAAACGACUUAUUCGCAUACGUCAAUGAGCGGGCUGAAGAGACCAAAGGCAAGAUCCGUGUCUUUCCCCUUGGUAUCGGAAAUGGUGUCUCCCAUGCUCUCAUCGAAGGUUUAGCCAGAGCUGGUAAUGGGUUCGCUCAGGCUGUUCAGCAUGGCGAAAGACUCGACAAUGCUGUCAUUCGCAUGCUUCGUGGGGCACUUACCCCUCACAUUACUGACUAUACAUUGGAAGUCAAGUACCAGGAGGAAAUUGACGAUGACUACGAGCUGAUCGAUCGGGUCACGGACGGAAUGAAGGUUUUGCUCACUCCGGAGACGAUGUCUCUCAAGAGUUCUUCGUCGAUGUCCCCCAAGCCUACCAUAUCUCUCUUCGACACCACUACAGACCCUGAGAAGGAUGCAAUGAAGGAAAUCCAAGACACCACUUUCAGUCUAUCACCCGUUCCUUCUCCGAAGCUCCUCCAAGCACCUCAUAGGAUCCCAUCUCUGUUCGCCUUCUCAAGAACAACAGUCUACCUGCUCAUGUCUCCAGAGACGAUUCAACGCAGACCAAUCGCCGUCGUCUUGCGAGGAACCUCCGAACAUGGCCCCCUCGCUUUGGAAAUUUCCGUUGAAGAACUUCCUACCCCAGCCGAGACCAUUCAUCAACUUGCUGCUAAGAAGGCAGUUCAGGACCUUGAGGAAGGCCGAGGAUGGAUCUACGAUGCUAAGGAUCAAGAUGGUGUUCUGAUUAAGGAGCGAUAUCCCAGCUCUUUCGAUGACAUGGUUCAGCGAGAGGCUGUUCGACUUGGUGAGAAGUUUCAGAUUGCGGGAAAGUGGUGUUCUUUCGUUGCAGUUGCUGCUAAUGAUAAGGAAAUCGCGGAGAAGAAGGAUGAAGCUGCUGCAUCAGCUGGUGAUCACACCACUGACGAUCUUGACUCGGAUUCUGACUAUAUUGUCCACUCCCUUGAUGAUGCGGUUGCUCCUUCUGCUCCUUCCCGACCCUAUGGUGCAGGAUUUAGCUACCAAUCGUCUUACUCCAGCAGCGUACGAAGGCCAACCCUAUCUGCCCAGCCAGCUGGAGGUUCUGCUCUCUUUUCUGCCUCUCCCCCUGGAAUUGCGUAUCGCCGGUCUGGUAAUAUGACUGCAGAUGCAAGAUUUUCUUCUCCUAGAGCCAGAAAACGUGUCAUGAAUACGGAGGCUCCAUCUGCAUCGGCUUACGGUAUGGCGAGUUUCUCUGCUGAUGCUGAGACUUCAGACGAGUGGAGCCCGAGCAGUCCCGGCUUCAGCCCCAUCAGUCCAAGCUACAGCCCUACCAGCCCACCACCCCCUCCGUAUCGAUCCAGCACAACCGCCCAAGGUCGUAUCAUGCAACAGCGACAGGAAGUUGAUCCUGCCUUAGCUUCACAAGCAGGCCCGCCAAAUGUUCGAUUCGGACCGCUAAGCCGUACACAGGAUCCUGCUCCAACGGCCUUUGGUGGAGGGAGCGGUUUCCCACAAACUCGUACUGCUCAACCUGGCGCGCUUAUGAGUGCUGUUGGUAACAUGUUUGGUAGGUCUGUGGAUGGGGCAGCUAAUCGAGGUUCAACACCACCUGGUAUGAAGGGCUUCAGACAGAGAAUCCAAGACAAUGGCCCUACCAUGAAAGGAAGAUCAAUCCCAAAGCGUAAGAUGAAGUCAGAGGUGGACGACAUGGACUACACCCCUACACCUGUCGAAGUUGACUGGAGCACCAAGACCGUCGUCGAGAAGAUGCUGGCUUUGAUCGACCUCCAGGACUUUGAAGGAUUCUGGCCAGUAGAGAAGCGCGAGGAGAUCUCGAAGAUCAUUGGUGUUGCUAUCGAUGGUGCCGCAGAGGAGCUGGAGAGCAAGAUCUGGAUCACUAUGGCGGCUGUGAAGUUCUUGGAGGAGAAAUGUGGUGAUGAAGAGGGGACCUGGGGACUGAUUGUUGAGAAGGCUAGGGCUUGGAUGGCGGGCACGAAGAGUGCAAGCGAGUUGGAGGUCUUUGAGAGCCGUGCGGAGAAAUUGAUUGUGGGAUAGGACCGGGGUAAAUGUUGCGACGGAUGUGAGGAAAAAGUUUUUGGGUUGAUUGAGUAAUGGCAUGUGCUUGGCCGUAACAAUUUGGUUUCUCCUUGGCGUCAGUUACUAUGAUAGAUCACGAUGGUCAUGAGAAUAAUGAUGGGAAAAUUCUAUCGAAACUACUCAGCCGUAGAAUUUUGCAAAGUAGAGACAUACGGUAUGGCACUAUCAACUCUCAGAUGGGCGAAAGUUAUGACAGG